UGAUAAACAACAGAAUAAGAGCAGCUUGGCUGAUCCUUCCUGCUGUACACUGAACACACUGAACACACAAUGUGUUACUAACUAACAUGGACUAAACAGGGAAGGUGAAACUCUGUCCAGGUCACUUGGACCAAUGUUCACGGUCAGGUGCAUUUUGGGAACAUCUGCAAAGUGUUUGGCCUCUCUCCCAGCUCAGAGACAACAGAUCAAGCUGCAAAACAGGAUGUCGACUUCAUCUCGCCCUGUAGCUGCUGUGUGUCAGGUGACAGCCACCCCAGACAAAGAGGUCAACUUCUCUGCCUGUAAACAUCUGGUGGAGGAAGCAAAGGAGCGAGGGGCCAGCAUGGUCUUCCUGCCAGAGGGGUUCGACUACAUCGGAUCCAGUCGAGAGGAGACGCUGUCGCUGUCUGAGAGCCUGACAGGAGACACAAUCUCACAAUACACUCACCUGGCCAGGAAGUUGAAAGUGUGGCUGUCUCUUGGAGGAUUUCAUGAGCGAGGACAUGACUGGGAGUCUGACAGACGAAUCUACAACAGUCACAUCAUAAUUAACGAUAAAGGUGACAUCAUUUCCGUAUACAGGAAGUCCCAUUUGUUUGAUGUGGAACUGCCAGAAAAAGGCGUAUCGCUUAAAGAAAGUGCCUUCACCAUCCCUGGACCUUCCCUCGUGCCUCCGGUCCAAACUCCCAUCGGCAAGGUUGGCCUGGGCAUCUGCUAUGAUCUGAGAUUCCCUGAGUUAUCGUUGGCUCUGCAGAGACACGGCGCUGAGAUUCUGACAUACCCAUCAGCCUUCACUGUAGCAACAGGAGCCGCUCACUGGGAGGUGUUACUCCGUGCACGGGCAAUCGAGACACAGUGUUUCGUCCUGGCGGCGGCGCAGGUCGGCCGGCACCACGAGAAGCGCUCGUCGUACGGCCACGCGUUGGCGGUGGACCCGUGGGGUGAGGUGCUGGCCGACUGCGGAGGGGAGAAGCCAGGCGUGGUGCUGGUGGAGGUCGACCUCGAGAAGGUCAGCAGCACCAGGAGGAACAUGCCGGUCCAACAGCACCGCAGAGACACUGGUUUCUAUCACAGUCUGGAGAAGACUUGACUACAGGAGAAGUGCAAAGUUCAAACUCUUUUUGCUUCAGAGAUCUGAUUCACUGGUUCCCAACCUGUGGGUCCCGACCCCUACUAGGGGUCACCAAAGCUUCACGGGGGGUCACGAGGCCUUUUUGAAAAAUAUACUGUUGAUUUUUAUC